CUGAUGUGCCCGUCUGCUUCGAGUGCUUCAAAUUCAACAUCUUUUGCGAUGGCCAUGGAAAACAGCUUCCGUUGGUGAGCACCACCUCUAGCCAAUUCCCUUGAGAUGAAUCGGCCACUCGCACGUUUUCUCACAUUCAUUACUCGUCCAUUAGUGUGAAUCGAUUCUCAGCGAAGCUCGUUAUGCCUCGAAGCAGUGGAUCCGAAACCGAAGCAACAGAGACUUCAAUGCAGUGAUGCCGUUAAACUUGACUAAGGUUCUAAAGGGUUAUCCCAGGCGGAGGCAGUAUAUUAGGUGGCAGGUGGACACGACGGCCGUCCCGCCAGAUCGAGGGGAUUUACUCUUGUCAGAAAAUCCGCUCUUGUCUGUGUGGCAACCAGGCCGCUCGGGGUUCUCUCCACCUCAUAGUGCUCCUCCUGUCGUGGGGAUAUUUGCUGGAUUCCCGGUUCCAAAUCACCGUCGAAUCUGUGAGGUUGAGGUGGAGACAAAUUCGUUAUUCGUUGGACACAUGCCUACUCUACCACCCACGCACGAUACGUUUCCCGAUGGCACACCGACGCCCAUGAGUCCGCCUCCACCCUAUGAGGCUGACACUGGAUUUGCUUUCAAUGAUGUGUGUCAUUCUCAACAAUCAUAUUCAUCGAUGCAAGUCAAUGCUGGUAGUGUGGAUGAAUCAUUUCAAUCUGGAUGUGACCAGUCAGCGUUCACAGACACCUACGCCAUCACACAAAUGAAGGCAUGGCCGAGAUCGGGCGAUGACUCCCCAGAUGAUACCCACUACUAUUGAGGACCUUGCCGGGGGGAUGGAUUCGAUUUUUAUUGGCUUUUCUUAUCCUUUUGGUUGCUGCUUUGUUGAAUAGCACUGGUAAAGUUACGACUUGUGCCUUUAGUGCAAUAUUGUAAAUUGUAAAUUGUAAAUUUUGUUAAAGGGCUUAGCGUGUAAAUGUAAAUGUAACCAGCUACGUCGUCGCCUU